AUGUAUGUGAUCCUAUUAGUAUUUGAUCAAAAACUGAAAAAAAACGUCAGUUGUAUGGUAGCGCUGCUCGUGCAUGAAGAUUAUGAGAGCAAAGCAUCAUGCGGAGGGCUGAGGCUGAAAGAAGAGGACGGGAAAGACGACAUGACAGAAGACGAGAAAGAGGACGGGACAGAGGGUGGGAAAGAGGACGGGACAGAGGAUGAGAAGGAGGACGGGAUGGAGGGCGAGAAGGACAACGAGAAAGAGGACAAGAAAGAGGAUGGGACGGAGGACAGGAAAGAGGACAGGAUGGAGGAUGGGGUCAAAGAUCUUGGAGAUCGAAGUGGCGUUCUUGGCUGCUGA